AUGGCGGGGUUGUCUGAUUAUCUCAACAAAAACUAUGGAUCCAAAAAGAAGUCCAAACUGAAGAAACAGAGCCUGAAACCUGCAACUACGGUGGUGGUUGACAAACAGGGCCAAAAUCCAGGACAUGCUGAUGAUGCUGUACCGCAGCCUACGUUAAAGGAACAGAAAAAAAGUGAACAAAUAAAAGGCUGGAAAGUUGUUGGACAAUCCUCGGAGGAACAAACAACUGUUAGGAAAGAUCUGGGUUUAAAGCAUGGUUUACAGUUUCUUGACAAUAAAGGAUCAAAUGACGAACAACACUCCGAAGUUGAUGAGGACUCAAUCAUCCCAAACAAUCAAGAAACAAUUUACAGAAAUAGUAAAGGUCAAAAGAUCGACAUAGCUGAGAAACUCCAACAAGAUUCAGCAGCAAAAACAGACGAAGAGGCAAGAAAACGCAAAUUAAAUGAAGCGAGGAAUCGGAGUGAGUCUCAGGUAUUGAAAAAACAAAGAUACGAUGAGGAUUUAAAGAAAAUUAAGGAUGUCAAAACAGCAGUAUACGCCAAUGACGAAUCUUUGAAUCAAGAGAGGAAAUCACAAAUGUUUGAAGAUGAUCCCCUAUUAUAUAUUUCCAAUACAUUGAACGGUGAGGCCCCAAAAAGUGCUGUUCCUAGCUCGAAAUCAGGAAGAAAAUUAUUUGAUAAAGGUCCCCCUCCAGUAAACCGAUUCAAUAUCACCCCUGGUUACAGGUGGGAUGGUGUUGAUCGAUCCAAUGGGUUUGAAUUGAAGUGGUUUAACAGGCAGUAUGAGGUGAGAGAGAAAGCAUCUUUGAGAAGUGCGUUGCAAGAUUCAUAUGAAUGA